AUGUUUCCAAACGCCUGUUCAAAUAUAACAACCCUAGCUUCUCGUCGUGACAAUCCGCUGAGUAGAGAAUCCACCCUCUACAGCGAAGUUGUACAGCGACGGGAUGAACCGGAUGCGCCAGGAAACUGCGAGAAAGGCGAACUGCGCGCUGAGACGCGGCCCACCGAAGAUGAACUCCGUCGACUUCGCCGAGUGCCAGGGAGAAUCCCAUGGUCAGCCUGUACUAUCACGAUCAUAGAGCUGUUCGAACGAUUCUCUUUCAACGGAACCUUCGUGGUUUUCGUGAACUUCCUCCAGCAGCCCUUACCGCCAAACUCAAAAACUGGGGCUGGGUUCCGAGGCCAAUCAGGUGCUCUUAAUAUGGGCCAGCGAGUGUCAACUGCUAUAUCAUUGUCAAACAGCUUAUGGAUGUCCACGGCGCCUCUGUUCGGUGCGUUCAUAGCGGACCAAUAUCUUGGGCGCUACAAGACGCUUCAAUGGUCGAACGUCAUAACGAUCGUAGGACAUUUUAUCCUCAUCAUCUCUGCUUUGCCCCGGGUGAUUGUUCAUUCCCUAACUGCGCUGAUUCCGUUCCUUGUUGGGGUUAUUCUGAUGGGGAUUGGUUUCGGUGGCAUAAAGCCCAACAUUGCAACACUCGUUGUCGAGCAACUUCCAGAUACCGAACUUAGAGUCGCCAUUGACAGGAAAGGCCGCCGUGUGAUCAUCGAUCCCGAAGCCACCCGGUCGCGUAUACUUUUGUACUUCUACGGCUUUAUCAAUGUCGGUUCUAUUACUGGCAUGAUUGCCAUGGUAUAUGCGGAGAAAUAUGUUGGCUUCUGGCUCUCUUUCACUGUACCAUCGGUCACAUUCUUGAUAUGCCCUCUGAUCCUGUUCGGAUUUCGCAAGAAAUACGCAAGCGCGCCACCGUCGGGCUCUGUAUUAGGCAAAGCAUUCAGGUUAUGCUUGCUUUCUAUGAAGGGACAGUGGUCCUGGAACCCGGCCACAGUCUACCGCAACAUCCAUCAUCCAGAUUUCUGGAACCGAGUCAAGCCAUCUCGCAUCACGGAGCGGCCUGCAUGGAUGACCCACGACGACUCGUGGGUAGACGAAGUGAGCCGUGGCAUACGAGCUUGCCGAUGCUUCUGCUGGUACCCAUUAUACUGGCCUGCACUGCGCCAAAUGGGUAGCAACAUGAUGUCCCAAGCAGCUACGCUCAACCUAGGCGGUCUGCCAAACGACCUCCUUAUCAAUCUGAAUCCUCUCUUCUGCAUUCUUCUCGCACCAUUUUACGCACACAUCGUUUACCCAGUCCUUGCGAGAAUCGGCCUUCGUUUCUGUCCCAUCCAUCGCAUCUCCGCCGGCUUCCUCUGUGCCGCUCUCGGAAUGGCCAUGUGCACCGUAGUGCAACAUCUCAUCUACAGCAGCUCCGCCUGCGGGAAACAUGCCAAUCACUGCCCCGCCGACCGUUUGUAUCCCAAACCCUCUGUCUGGCUCCAGCUCCCCGUCUACCUCCUCCUAGCGAACAGCGAGAUUCUAGCAAACGUUACCGGAAUCGAAUACGCGUACUCCCAAGCACCGAGCAAUAUGCGCAGCUUGGUCAUGGCGCUGUUCUACUUCACCGGCGCUUUUGGGAGUGCGAUCUCGCAAGCUCUAGUUCCACUGAGCGAGGAUCCCGAUCUGGUGUGGAAUUACGCGACUGUCUCGGUAUUGAGCUUGGUUGCUAGUGUGGGAGUAUGGUGGAGCAAUCGGAAGCCGAAGAAAACUGAGGGCAUGGAGGAGGAGACGGAGAAUGAAACCGAGGAGGAGAGGGGGCGUAAUGUUCGCGACUUGGAUUCGAAUAGGAGUUGGUGA